UGUAGGAAGUGGGUUAUUCAGAUUCUCCUGGUCGACAACAUAUUAACCAAAACAAACCUUCUGUUUCUAUGCAUUAAACAAAGAAAAACUGAAAGCAGCGGCUUAGCAUUUGACAACUUAUUUAGACUAUCAGACGAGUCGUCGCUCUCGUGGAUUGACAAGUUACGUCAAUGAGUCGCAGUCGGAACCCCCCAAACCGGGGUCAGGGUGCAGCACGGGCCAAACAGAUGGGGCUGCUUCUUGACCUGAACCCUGAUGGAGGCAUGGAGGAUGUCGGAAAUGAUGAUGAGCUUGAGGCUGAACUGUUAAAGAUUGUUGGGGGAGGAGAAAAACCACGGGGGAAGAAAGAAGGAGCCGGCAGGGCUCCGGUUGCCAUGGCUGAAAUUGAACGAAUGGCAGCUCUUUGCAUGAAAGACCUGGACGAUGAAGAUAUGGAUGAUGAAGACGUGGAUGAUGAUGAAGACCUGCUGGCAGAGUUGAAUGAUGUUUUGGAAGAUGAUGAUGAUGGAGACGAAACCCCUGCUGCAAGCCCUCCAGCUGUCACUCCAAGUGUCCCUAAAAAGCAAGCAACAUCCCAGAGUUCUCCUGCCACUGCCCCAAGUGGUGCAGGGGGGGUGGAGUCGCUGCUGUCAGAGCGCAUAGAAAUGUACCAGACGGCCAUCUCUAAUGCAAAGGCUUCGGGGGAGUCCAGUAAAGUUCGUCGAUUUGAGCGAGGUCUAAAGACGCUGCAGUCCAUGCUGACGUCUGCCAAGAGAGGAAAACCUGUCAACGAGCAGGAGAUCCCGCCUCCUGUUGCUCUUGGUGUAAAGCGCAACGCGACAUCAGAAGCAGAAAUAAUCCAAGAACGACAACCUCCAGAGCCCACGCUGGUGCCUUCUCCUCCUGUUAAUCAGAAGCCUCUCCGUGAGCCCGCACCAGCUCCUUCUAAUAUCAAGCCGCUCCAUCUGACCCCGCCACAAAAACCCACUGUUGCACUCACACCUGACACUCCUGCCAUCUCUCCUCUCACCCCCAACGUGCAAGAUGCUGGGGAUUCAGAAGUGAAGCAGGCGGUGUUGUCCCGACAGAGAGAGUACAAGCUGGCUGCCAUAAACGCCAAACACAGUGGUGAUAUUGGACAAGCCAAACACUUCUACGUCAUCGCCAAGAAGUUCGAUUCAUACGUGGAAGCGUUAGACAGAGGAGAACCAUUCGAUCUGGACUCUUUGCCGCCACCUCCUGGAGAUGUUGCACCCGUACAAUCCUCACCUUCUCCUACUCAGGCUUCCCCGAUGGCUUCCCCUGCUGCCCCUGCGUCUAACCAGACAGAUAAAUCUGAACUGCCUGCACCAACCAGUGUGGCUGAAGCGUUGCAGCAACGGAUGGACAUCUACAAGUCGGCUGCAGAGGCUGCGAAAAGCAAAGGAGAUGACAGGAAAGCUCGCAUGCACCUGCGUAUUGUCAAACAAUACCAAGACAGCAUGAAAGCCCAUAAAGCCGGACGGAAUGUCAACUUGUCCGAUCUUCCAAUCCCUCCAGGUUGUCCACCUCUCAAAGGCUCAGAGAGUGAACAGCAGAGUUUCAUCGGUGUCCUGGAGAACGCCAUGAAACUGGUUAAUCAGGAUCCAGACGCAGAGGAUGAGGACGAACCGAAAGAGGCUGCCAAGCCUGCACCUCGUCCAGCUGCACCGAAAGCUAAAUCUCCAGCUGCUCAAGAAACUGGAGCCACUUCAAACCUAAAACCAGGGUCUAAAGCCCAGCAACAAAUAGAUUUCCUGUUGUUGAAGCGGCAAGUGUUUAUGCGAGCUGCGCUUCGUUCAAAGCAGCUGAAGGACAUGUCAGCUGCAACACAGCACCUGAGACACGCCAAGGGACUGGACCCCAUGAUCACUGCUGCCAAGUCAGGAUUCCCUGUUGACAUUACCAAGGUUCCUGUAACUCCAGUCAGCGAGAAUGAGUAUUCACUGGGUCAUUCUCGCUCCUCACCUCACUCCGCUCGCGCCAGUGAACAGUUCCACGGCCUCCUGGAGCUGUUGAGGAAGCAGCACGAGAAAUGUCUCAAUAACUCCCAGGAGUUUACAAAGCUAGGCGACGUGGGUGAAGCUCUUAAGUUUGAGAGGCUCAUUGAGGAGUGCGGUAAAAACGUGGAGAUCUUAAAGAAUGCGUACUCUAAAGGCCAACCCGUCCCCAAGUGCCGCACCGAGGAGAGGACCUUUAAGACUGUCAAGACCUACCAAAACCUGGCCCCCAACGACAUGAUGCUGUACAUCAUUAGAGGCAUAAACCUCCCAGCUCCCUCGGGUGUCUCACCUCAUGAUCUCGACGCCAGCGUGAAGUUUGAGUUUCCCUUUCCCAGUUCGGAGGAGGCUCAGAGGGAUAAAACCGCAACAAUAAAAAACACUACUAACCCGGAGUUCAAGGAGACGUUCAAGCUCAAUAUCAACCGGUCACACCGAGGAUUCAAGCGUGUGAUCCAGUCCAAAGGAUUGAAGUUUGAAAUCACCCACAAAGGUGGCCUCUUUAAAACUGACAAGCUGGUGGGGACAGCUCAACUCAAACUGGAGCCUCUGGAGAACCACUGUGACCUCAGAGAGAUCAUCGAUGUGAUGGAUGGGCGUAAGGCAACAGGUGGGAAGCUGGAGGUCCGGGUGAAGAUCAGAGAGCCAAUAUCUGGAGUGGAUUUCAACUCUGUGACGGAGAAAUGGGUGGUGCUGGAGCCCGUCUCCUCCCUCUCCCCUCCUGAGAGGCAGAAGCCGAGGGCGCCAUCCCCCAGGUCCAAACCCAGACAUGAAUCGAGCAGCAGGAGCAGCCAUCAAGACCAUUCUCCGCCACGAUACAAACUCCAUAGUUUCAGUCUUCUGAAUUACGACAGGGAGCGGCUGGAGAGGAAGCUUGCAGAGUACAGGAAGAACCGCCGCGACCCUCCAUCCGACCUCAUCCAUCAACACAAAGAGAUCAUACACAGACUGCAGUGGCAGAAAGCGCAGCUGGAACGCGGCUCUCCGUCUCUGCUCUCAGAGUAUGAGAACGUUCUACGCCGGUUCGUCCAAGGACUCACUGACUCGGUGAAGAAAUACUCCAGCCAAGACAACAGGGACGCUGCCAAGGAUGCUCUCGGCCGGCUGAAGAUGGUUGAGAAUGAGUUGGAUUCCCUAAAACGGAAGCGCCAUGAUCGAAGCUGAAACGCCAUCAUAUAGCUGUUUCUCAUGAGGACUCUCUUAAACACUACAAUCUUUCAAAAAAAACAAGCUCCUUCACUCUAUUUUUCAAGGUAUCAUAUACAGCUGCAAAUGCUUGUGUUCUAAAUGCCCCCCCGUGAUUGAGGGACAGAUUGAUCUGAGGGGUUCACUCUGGGUAUCACAUUUUUAAUGAUGAAAUAUGACCAAAUAUGUCACUGCAUUCUCAAGUGUGUUUAACCAAUGGACAAAGGUCUGUUUAACCUCUUUUCCUGCAUUAUAAUGUGUGCAUUGAUCCUAAUCUAAUCUGUCUGCUCCAGUGUUCACAGAUUACAGUAAUCUGCACCAUUUGGAGUGGUGUGAUAUGGGAAUAAAAAAAAAAAAAAAAAAAAAAAGAAAACAGGCUUGGGGGUGCCACAGCCAACAUCCCAUAAUGAGGGAUUAGUGUUUGUGUCACCAAGGAGACGCCAAGAUCAGACGUAGUCGCCUUUAGGUUUUUUUAAGGGGGGGGUGGUGUUAACAGCGUGCCAUGAAUACGGCGGCGGCUUAGCUCUGCAAAAGCUGCUUCCUUUUCUUCCUCAUCAGCUUUUUCCUCAUUGUCGUCUCCCUCUCUUGCACUUUCUCCACUCUAAUUCCUUCGUGUCGGGCAGGAGAUUAUUCCAAAUUUUGAGUAAUGCGCCGUUCUGUUUGGAUUUUCUUUAAACUCUUAGACAGACUUAAGACCAAUGUCAAUUACAAAAUAAUUAACGGCUGUGAUGGACAGACUCUGGUGUCUGAGGUGACAAAGAGCUCCGCAGCAGCAGCCAAACCGUUUGCCCUCAAGAAGAGAUGUGUCACUGUGACUGCUUGAGUGUUGGUGUAAUUGGAUUCUUAUGUCAUCUUCUCCUGGCUGGAGUGGCUCAUCUCACGUACGUUUGUAUUAAAGGAGCCUUAACUGUAUGUUAUUUAACAGCAACGACAGUUUGACUUCAGCUUUCUGAUUUUUUUUUUCCUAUUGUCACAGGAUAUAUUUGGGUGCUCAGCUAUAUCUCUAUUAUCUCAUUUUAUAUCCAUUCAAAGCACUCAAUAUUUUUAUGUUACCAUAAUUUGUAUUCACACCGUCUUUUGUGUGAGAAAAGUCAGUGUUUUCUGCCAGCUGAGGGCAGUUUAGGAACACUAGCGUCAUCUUUGCAUGGUCAUGUCGCCAUGACCCAAAAUGUUUAUGUAUACUGACGUUAGUCAAACUGCAAAGGCCUGAAACAAGGCUCACUCCAUGACAUCAUAGCGUGUCUUGUUCCCCCACUCCAUCCAGGUAAAACUGCAUUAUUUGAUUUUAAAUCCGCUGGUAUGUACUGUUCUGUCGUUGGAAAUCAACAUACAUGUAUAUAUUUGUAUUGACAAAGUGAUCAGAAACACUAUCUCUAUUUUUAAGCGGUGGUGAGUUUGCUUUCAUUAUGUGAUGAGUCUGCUGACUUGAAUAAAAGGGAGAAAUGA